GCACAACCCCGAUUAACCUUAAUCACUGAGUGAGUUAAGAGUAAUAAUAUUAUGUAUUUCCUGUAUUGAACGUCCUUUUGAAUGGUAAAAUGUUGAAAUGUGAUGUAAGAGGUAAUAGUAGCCUACACUAGACUGACUUGACAUUUUAACUGUCAUAAAUGUUCUAUCUCUGCAAGACCACAGUCACUGUCUCAAAAGUGUGUCGUUGCCAUGGAAACUGAGGGGAAGGUGAUCAAGUGCAAGGCAGCAGUGGCCUGGGAACCAGGAAAACCAUUCUCCAUUGAGGAGGUGGAGGUUGCCCCUCCCAAAGCACAUGAAGUACGAAUUAAGAUAGUAGCAUCUGGAGUAUGCCACACAGACUGGACUUUCCUCCAUGAGGUUGGUAAAACUAUGAAUCCCCAGCCCUUUCCUGUGAUCCUGGGACAUGAAGGGGCAGGAGUGGUGGAAAGUGUUGGUCCAGGUGUCACAAAGAUGUCCAAAGGAGAUAAAGUUAUUCCUCUAGUCGUGCCACAGUGUGGACAAUGCGAACGCUGUCUGAGUCCAAAGACAAACCUCUGUACAAAAAACUGGGAGACAAAUCAGCAAUGUCUUCUUGCAGAUGGCACCAGCAGGAUCACCUGCAAGAAUCAGCAGAUUUAUCAGUUUAUUGGUGUCAGCACCUUCUCUGAAUACACUGUUGUGCCAGAGGACAAUGUCACCAAGAUUCACCCUGAUGCUCCACUGGACAAAGUCUGUCUGCUGGGCUGUGGAGUGUCUACAGGAUAUGGAGCAGCAGUGAACACAGGCAAAGUAGAAUCUGGCUCUACAUGUGCGGUGUUUGGUUUGGGAGCUGUUGGACUGGCAGCUGUCAUGGGAUGCAAGGCUGCUGGUGCUUCCAGGAUCAUCGCUGUAGACAUCAAUCCAGACAAGUCUGAGAUCGCCAAGACUUUUGGAGCAACUGAGUUUGUGAACCCUAAAGACCACAGUAAACCCAUUCAGGAGGUGCUGAAGAAACUGACUAAUGGUGGUGUUGACUUCUCUCUUGAGUGUGUGGGGAAUGUAGGAGUAAUGAGAGCCGCUGUGGAAGCAUGUACUCCUGCAGGGGGAGUCUGUGUGAUGGUGGGCUGGACAAGGAUUGGAGAACUUACUCUGGUUUCUGAGGAUAUUCUACUAGGAAAAACUCUAAAAGGCUCCUAUUUUGGCGGUUGGAAGAGUGCUGAGGCAGUGCCCAAGUUGGUACAGGAUUAUAUGAGUGGGAAGCUUCUGCUGGAUGAAUUUGUGACACACAGACUGACUCUAGAUCAGGUUAACCAGGCCUUCGAGCUUAUGAUCACUGGGAAGAGUAUCCGUACAGUGAUCAAGAUGUGAGAUGAAAUAACUGUCUUUAUUCAGAAGUGUUUAUAUUCUGUUCUGACAUUACAUCAAUCAGAGAAGAAUCGGUGUUGUCAUAAGGCAAUGCAAUAAUGCAAUAAAGCUGCAUAGGUCUCAGUUCAGAUCUCAUAGGUCCCAAAUCCUAUUCAACAUAAUUGAACAUUAAUAAACUUGUCAUUCAUAUUCACUAUAGCUUAAUACGUACUGUACAGACAGAGAAGUUUUAUUUUUUAAUAUGCUUCUUUAAAAUGCUUAUAUUCUCAAGGAACAUGUAUUGAGGCACAAUGUACCCGUUUCAUACAAUAAGCUUAUUCUGAUGCAUUUGAUUUGGUUGUAUCUUUUCUUUUUCACCAGUAGAUGGCAAGCUUGUACUACAAACUUCCUUGUUCACUUCUUUUGUCUUCUGUAUGCCGUCUGCACUGAGACUCCUGAGUUUCUUCACUCUAACCUUUAUUAUUUCAUAUCACUGAGGCUCUGCUCAAUAUCUGCUAAGUGUUCAUGUGUUUAUGUUCCACAUCAUUACAGAGCAAACCAUGAGCACUCCUGUCUCUUAAAUACCAUAUACCAUUAUUGCCCUUUGAAACCACUAUCCACCGGUUUCCAUCUACAAUAAUAUUGUCAUCUCAGCCUUCAUUGUCUUGUAGUGGGACGUGAGAAGUCUUUAGAAAAAUAGAAAGAAUUUUGUCAUAGGGAGAUGGAUGGGUGCAUGUCACUAGGGGUUGCAUGUUGACCUUGGUAAUAUUAUAUAUUGAUUUAAUAUAGCAUGCUCUUGAGGGUUAGAAUAGCAGUUGUGGCCUGUCAGAGCCAGAGACAAAAGGCUGGCUGGGGAAUGCCUCUCCAUGAUAAACUGGGAUGGCUGUCCAGGAAUUUGCUUUAUUGUAGUUCCAUUCAGAUCAAAUGAAUACUCUUGGCAGAUCCCCCUCCCCCGUUCCCAUCUUUACGUAAAAUGGAAAAUGAAGCAAAGUCUCCUGCACGUUUACCCCACCCCUGCCAUAUUGUGCAAUUGACCAGAGAUUCAAUUUUUUUGUUGCUCUUUCCAUUGAAACUGAGAAAGAUUGCUGAAAAAUGGAGACAUCAAAAGAUAAAAGACAAGUAGCAACAGGUGCUGUUCACUGAGCUAAUUUACAGGACAAAUUUAUAAAGAUCCACAUAAAUAUGCAUUUAGAGAGAUCCUGCAUUUUUUUCUCAUUCAUUCAAGCUUUUCUCAAAAUAAAAUAAAUACACAAAGAUUUAUGAUUAGUUAAUUGGGCCAUUCGGGCUGUUUAUUUUCAAUUAGUUGGCAGAUGUGGAGAUAAAAAAAUAAAAUAAAAAAAACUACACAUUUCUGUUACUAGUGGAGGAUAUCAUUGUGAAAUUUUAAAACCUUAUAUUUAUUGUGAUAAUUAUUUUAGCAGUAAUGAUGUUGGUUGAUUGGUUGGUUGGAAUUAGAACAAGCUAUGUCUAAUUCUUCAAUGAAUGGUCCUUUUGAAUCAGUUUGUUCAAAUGAAUCUGUCAAAAUUAAAACCUUGAAUCAGUUGAA